ACCACGAGUCUUCAAAACUCACCAGACCACCAACUCUCACAUCGACAUCAUGGAGGCGCAACAAGUACCCAAGACCUGCAAGGUCAUCCUCUCCGAUACCAUCGCCAAGAAGCUGCUUUCCGAGGUCCGCGAGACUCUUGCUAAGAUCGAGGGUCCCAAUGCCUCUAAGCCUACUCUGGCUGCGUUCCUGUCUACCGAUGACCCGGCCGCUCUGCAGUAUGCUGAAUGGUCCAAGAGGACGUGUGAAGAGAAUGGCUUCAACUUCGACCUCCGCAAAGUCGACAAGGAAAACCUCGAGGAGGGCAUCAUCGCCGCCAACAACGACGACCAGGUUGACGGUAUUCUCGUCUACUACCCCAUCUGGGUCGGCAACCACAGCCAAGACAAGUACAUCAAGGAGACCGUCGCCCUCUCCAAGGACGUCGAGGGUCUCUGCCACACCCACCUCUUCAACAUGUAUCACAACGUCCGCUUCCUCGACCCUCCCACCAACCUCAAGAAGUCCAUCCUCCCUUGCACGCCGCUCGCCAUCGUCAAGACCCUCGAGUACCUGCAGAUCUACAACCCCAUCCUGGCCUACGGCAACCGCCUGUUCGGCAAGACCAUCACCGUCAUCAACCGUAGCGAGGUGAACGGUCGCCCUCUUGCUGCGCUGCUCGCCAACGAUGGCGCCACCGUCUACUCUGUCGACAUUACCGGCGUCCAGGUCUUCACCCGCGGCGAGGGUAUCCGCCAGUUGCGCCACCAGGUCCACGACAAGGAGGGCUGGGAGCUCAAGGACGUCUUGCCGCUCAGCGACGUCGUUAUUGGCGGUGUCCCGACCGAGAAGUUCAAGGUGCCCACCGAGCUGCUCCGUGACGGUGCCGUGUGCAUCAACUUCUCCAGCUUCAAGAACUUUGACGGUCCGGCGGUUAAGGAGAAGGCCAGCAUCUACGUCCCCAGCAUUGGCAAGGUUACUAUUGCUGUUCUUUUGCGCAACCUUGUGCGCCUGAUCGCCAACCGUCCGCGUCCCGAGGGAUCUGCGCCCGAGGACCCUAAAGAUGCCAAGGCGCGUAGCGAGGCCUUCAUCGAGGGUUGAUCGGAACAUUUUCCCCCAAUAUUUUCGCUGAAGAUCUGCGUAUCUGCGUCUUUAUACAAUUUCCUUUGAUCUUUUUUUCUCGAGUUCUGGAAGGGCUGUUUGCUGGGUAGAAAAAAAAAACCGGAUGGUUAGGGUUGGGUAGGAUGGGAGCAAGGGGUUGGUUGAUUGUACUAGAAUUUUGUCCAAAGUACAUAAAGAAACCAUCACAUACGUACAUGAACAAGGGAGUUGGUUUAUGAUUUUUUUCACGCUUCGAUGUCUAAUCUAGAGAUAUAGAAGGAUCUGGGGACACCAGAAAACUGGGUUGUAACAACACCCUUCAUCAGAAUACAAAUCACCAUAGGUAGUCUAGACACCACGAUAGACCAAAGGAACAAAUGCUCGCAU